UCCGGGGUCGCCUCGGCGGGGCGGGUGGGCUCCACGCGCUGGGGGUCCCCACGCCCGGAACCCCGGCCCCAGCCGCGGGAUGCCCGCGCGCGGGGCGGGCCAGCUUUCCCGAAGAAUGGGGCAAAAAAAGCAGCGACUGUUGGAGGCACGACGGCAUCAGAGCCUAACAGACGGAGCCCAGAUGCCUUCCACCAUGGAGCCCUGCUUGGGGCCACCUGCACCCCUGGGACCCCAGCGCAGCAUCUAUUUUUCAAGCCCCAAAAGCCACUCUGCACAACUGGGAUCUGAGUUUUUCGACCAGCCUGCAGUCCCUCUGGCUCGGGCAUUUCUGGGACAGGUCUUGGUUCGGCGACUUGAUGAUGGCACAGAGCUCCGCGGCCGCAUUGUGGAGACGGAGGCAUACUUGGGGCCCGAGGAUGCAGCUGCUCAUUCGAGGGGUGGCCGGCAGACCCCCCGCAACCGUGGCAUGUUCAUGAAGCCAGGAACCCUGUACGUGUACAUCAUCUAUGGCAUGUACUUCUGCAUGAACGUCUCCAGCCGAGGGGAUGGGGCAUGUGUCCUGCUGCGAGCGCUGGAGCCCCUGGGGGGCCUGGAGACCAUGCGGCAGCUUCGCAGCACCCUCCGCAAGGGCGCCGCGGGCCGAGCCCUCAGAGACCGUGAGCUGUGCAGCGGCCCCUCCAAGCUGUGCCAGGCCAUGGCCAUCGACAAGAGCUUCGACCAGCGGGACCUGGCCAAGGACGAGGCUGUGUGGCUGGAGCGCAGCCCCCCGGGCUCCAGGGAGCCGGCUGUGGUGGCAGCAGCCCGAGUGGGCAUUGGCCAAGCAGGAGAGUGGGCCCAGAAGCCCCUGCGCUUCUACGUCCAGGGCAGCCCCUGGGUCAGUGUGGUAGACCGAGCGGCCGAACAGAACUCACAGGCCUGCUCGGACAAGGCUUUUUAAUUGUUCAAAGACCAAAUAAAUGCUUUAUGUCUGGAAAA